CAAUCCCAGGAACUCACGCUUGUCACCAACCUUUCUCUGUCUCACACCAACACCGAGAAAAGGACAUUCACACGAGCAGUAGCAUCGACAAUGAACAAGGAAGACGGAGUGAUGUUGAUGAAGAAGGCGGAGAUUGAUACGAGAGCCCCAUUCCGUUCCGUCAAAGAGGCUGUUUCGCUGUUCGGUGAGAAAGUCCUAGCGCAAGAACUUUAUGCCACCCAGCUCAAAGAGUUCCAGAGGGGAGGGAAUGAAAAUGGGAUGGAAGAGUCAUCGAGGCUGGGAAGAGUGGCAGUAGAGCUAGAGGAGACGAGGCAGAAUCUGGAGAGGGCGAGAGAGGAAAGCAUGUUAAUGGCGCAUUGCCUGGCGUCUCUGCAGGAAGAGCUGGAACGUACGAAGCAAGAACUCCGACAGUUGAAGCAACGGGAGAACGAGGAGAAGCAUGCAGUGGAAUGCGAGAUCGAAGACGUCAAGUUUGUUGAAAACAUGAGCAAGUCGGAGCAGGAGAGGGUGGAGUUUCAAAAGAAAAGGUACGUCACAUUUGCGAAUCCUCCCUCUGUAGCUCAUGUCAUUCACCCACAGGGACCUGAGAAGCUGGAGAGGCAUCCUUCUCUCAGGAGGAAGAAGAAGAACCCUUUGAUUCCCCUCAUUAGCAUCUUCUCCAGGAAAAAGGCUCACCCUCAAGUUGCCUGAGCUUACUUUCAAUACUUUUUACGUACUAUGUUUUCACCUGUGCUCUACAUUCUUUUCUUCAUUUACUUUUUGUAUCAUACUAGCCGCUACCCUUUAACAUAUUCCGCCCAAGUGAGAGGACCGUGUCAGCGGAGACGCACAUUAAGAGUCUUGUAUUAAUAACGCACCAUUAUUACAUGCAAAUUAAAU